UGCUAGCCUGAGGCUCUCUACCUUUGGAUACUCUCAACUAACCUUGCAUGACCUGAGACACAUAUACCUUCUAAAGAAUCCUUUUGUAACGGAAAAGCGUCGCUGAUUUAUUUAAAUGACUUCACCUUGCUCAUAACGGAUUUGUGCAAGCUUAUAUAAAUUGGUCGCCGUCUUCUCCAUUGCAUUCAUUACACUGGAGACCACUAUGAAAACCAGAUCGGUGGUCACAGUCAUCCUCGGGCUUUUGCUUGCUUCCAGUGCAGAAUGUGUUCCACUGAAAAACACGACCUUGAAGGCUGGCAGCGAAGACUGGGGCUAUAUGGACGUGCGGCCCGGCGCGCACAUGUUUUACUGGCUAUUCACGUCGACCGCCGCUGAGGACCCAGCCACCCUCCCGAUCAUUAUCUGGCUGCAGGGUGGACCUGGCGCAGGCAGCACCGGCUACGGCAAUUUCAAGGGCAUGGGACCUUUGGACAUUGAUCUUAAGCCAAGAAACAACUCAUGGGUGCAUCACGCCAAUGUGAUUUUCCUGGAUAAUCCGGUGGGUGCCGGAUACUCAUACGUCGACAACGACGAAGAUUUGGCCACGAAUGCAACUGGAAUCGCUCUAGAUUUGGUCUCGUUCAUGAAGCUGUUUUAUGAAAAAAAUCCGCAGUUUGUUAAAACGCCAGUCUACUGCUUUUCGCAAUCGUAUGGAGGGAAAAUGGCAGCCUUUUUUGGGGUUGAAAUGGAUAAGGCUAUGAAAGCUGGGGAAAUCGUUGGAAACUUUAAGGGAGUAGCUUUGGGAUCUGCGUGGAUCUCUCCAAUCGACUCGACCACCAGCUGGGCUCCAUAUCUUCUUCAAGUGGGCAUCCUUGACACACGUCGGCACAAUAUAAUCAGCAAAUACGCGGCAAAAUGCCGUGAUCUCGUAGACAAUAAGAAAUGGACAAAUGCAACGCAAUGCUGGGCCAACACGGAGGUGCUCAUCAGUAUUUAUGGACAUAACAUUGACUUCUAUAACAUUCUCAAGAAAACUUCACCCUCCGAUUUGAACGAAGAUGACCUUAAAACAUUUAGUAAUAACCCUUUCGCCAUGGCUAUACAAUUUGCUUUGCGCACCACAAACACCCAGUCACUUACUGAUUUGAUGAACGGCAAAAUUUUUGACAAGCUGAGUGCAACCCUACCAUAUCUGAGCACGUGGAAUUCUCAAAGCGCUAAAGUUUUUAAAGCAAAUUGGGACGAUUUUAUGCAGCCAGCUGUUGGAGCCGUUGAAACUUUGCUGGAGGACUCUGAAUUGACAGUGGCGGUCGAUAAUGGACAACUGGACUUGAUUUGUAACACACCAGCGCAACUGAUUUGGGCGGAAAAGAUGAAUUGGUCCAAUUUGUCAGACUGGGUCAAUGCUCCCAGGGACGCGAUCACAGUGCACGAUUACACCGAGGGAUACGUCAAGCGAUUCGGCCGGUUCAGCUUUUGGUGGAUCAACAGGGCUGGACAUUCUGUUCCGUAUGACAACCCUGAGGGAGCUAUUGCAAUGAUGCGCAACAUUGUUGGACUGCCAGAUCAGGAACACGUGGAGUUUUAUAAAGAAUUGUCAACCAAGACGGAAAAUAUCAUAAAGCUGAAUACAUUGAAAAUGAACCCAAUUAAUUAGUAAUGGCAAAGCUAAAACUUUGUGCAUCUAUAAUGCACUUGAAAACAUAAUUUGUAAAUCACAUUAUUUAUUUUUCAUUAUUUCAUUUCAUACUAUAUGAACUAUUCAUUUUUGUCAAGACAUCUUUUUGAACAAAUGCAAAACAAGAUCUGAAAAUAUACCAAUAAAUUGUUUGAGAUGAAAACAA